CGAUCGUGACGAAGUUACGUGCAUCGAUGGCGCCACUGUGGGGCUGCUACCCACGAUCUAUCGUCACUUUUCAAUUGUCAGCAUUCGUCGGGGGUGGGAUGAAGGCGUGUACGUCGGCGGCAAAAUUCAACUGGCAGACGCAGCAGCGCACCAAAGCGUGGCUCGACGCGAUUGAAGAAGAGGAUGGGUACGACGAUCACGACACAAGAGGCGCCGACCGCAGCGCCGUCUUGACUUACUUGCGACGGGUCCACCCCGCGUUUGUCUUGCACCGAAGCGGCACGGUGGUCGACCCGAAACACAGAGCCAUGCGGGUCGUCGUCGACGGCGUCAAGCAAGGGUUCUCGAUCGUGCUCUAUGAAAUCUGCCGCGGCGUGCUCGUCGUGCUCGUGCUCAUGUCCUUCGCGACGGUCGCGGUCUGCGUUGGCGUAUACGUGCACCUGAGUCAGUGGCAGUUGGUCGCAUCGUAGUCAAGUGCUUGCCGUCGAUGUGUAGUUCACUUUUCCUAUUUAUAAGCAAUCCACGAAACUUUACAGGGUCGUCCUCCUUCUCUUCCG